AUGCAUUUCCUCUCAUUCCUUACCGUGUCUCUCAUUACACUAGGAUCAGCAUUCGUGCUACCAGGAACCACACCCCAACAAACCAUUCUACCAAACCACUACCUGGAGGCAAACAAGCGACAAGAAUCCGAAGCUCAGUCCGAGAUUCCAUUCGGCGUCAUCAUCACACACUGCAAUAUCCCCGGAGUAGUAGCUCUAACCUUUGACGAUGGUCCAUACAUUUACACGGGACAGAUCCUGGAAACCCUUUCGCAGCAUGGAGCGCGGGCAACAUUCUUCAUGAAUGGAGUGAAUAAGGGAAAUAUCGAUUCAUUCCCUGAAUUGGUCCAGCGAGCUGUUAACGAGGGACAUCAAAUUGCUUCUCAUACAUGGGGCCACGCAUCACUUGAUACACUGAGUUACGCCGAAAUCAUAGCCCAAAUGACAAACCUCGAAGAAGCCUUCCUGCGAAUCCUCGGCUUCUACCCCAGUUACAUGCGCGCACCCUAUCUAAUGGUAACAGCGGAUGUGCUAGCCGCAAUGAAAGCACUGGAGUACCAUAUUAUCGGUGCAAGCAUCGACACGAAGGAUUACGAGAACGAUGAUCCAGAACAUAGCUGGCGCAGUUUUGAGAAGUUUCGAGCGGAGUUGGAUGGUGGGGGUACGAUUGUUUUGGCGCAUGAUACUCAUCGAACCACUGUGGAGGUUUUGGUUGAUAAUAUGAUUUCGGAGAUUGAAGAGAGAGGGCACGAGAUGGUCACUAUAGGUGAAUGUCUUGGGGAUCCCCCGGAGUACUGGUAUCGCGACGGUCGAUAG